CAAGACUCACACUGCUCUCUUCCUCCGUAGCCAUAUUAUUUACAAUUUUGUACUCUGUUUCUCCGUAGCCAGGAGAAGUAAGUUUUGUUUGUUUAUAAUCUGAUUCAGAAAAAUGGCUUCUCACAUUGUUGGAUACCCUCGCAUGGGCCCCAAGAGAGAGCUCAAGUUUGCUUUGGAAUCUUUCUGGGAUGGGAAGAGCAGUGCUGAUGACUUGAAAAAGGUUGCAGCUGAUCUUAGAUCAUCCAUCUGGAAACAGAUGGCUGAGGCUGGGAUCAACUACAUACCCAGCAACACCUUCUCUUACUAUGACCAGGUGCUUGACACUACCGCAAUGCUUGGUGCUGUUCCACCAAGAUAUGGUUGGCAUGGUGGUGAGAUUGGAUUUGAUACUUACUUCUCCAUGGCCAGAGAAAGUGCCUAUGUGCCUGCCAUGGAAACGACUAAGUGGUUUGACACCAACUACCAUUUCAUCGUUCCUGUGCUGGGACCUGAAGUAAACUUCUCCUAUGCUUCUCACAAGGCAGUAGAUGAGUACAAGGAGGCUAAAGCUCUUGGAGUAGACACUGUCCCAGUUCUUAUUGGUCCUGUCUCAUACUUGUUGUUAUCUAAGCCUGCAAAGGGUGUUGAGAAGAGCUUCUCUCUUCUCUCUCUUCUUGACAAAAUUCUCCCCAUCUACAAGGAAGUUAUAUCCGAGCUUAAAGCAGCUGGUGCUUCCUGGAUUCAAAACAUCUGGGCAAAUGACCUUACUGCUUCUCUCUGUGUCUUGACUGAUCUUGAAGCUGUUGUGGGCAAAGACAAACUUGUGGUGUCCACUUCCUGCUCACUUCUCCACACAGCUGUUGAUCUUGUUAAUGAGACCAAGCUCGACCAGGAGAUCAAAUCCUGGCUUGCAUUUGCUGCCCAGAAAGUUGUUGAAGUGAAUGCAUUGGCCAAGGCAUUGGCUGGUCAGAAGGAUAAGGCAUUCUUCUCUGCCAAUGCUGCUGCUCAGGCAUCAAGGAAGUCCUCCCUGAGGGUUACCAAUGAGGGUGUGCAGAACGCUGCUGCUGCUUUGAAGGGCUCUGACCACCGUCGUGCAGCCACUGUUAGUGCUAGGCUGGAUGCUCAACAGAAGAAGCUUAACCUUCCAGUCCUCCCCACCACUACCAUUGGAUCCUUCCCUCAGACCUUGGAACUUAGGAGACUUCGUUGUGAAUACAAGACUAACAAGAUCUCUGAGGAUGAUUAUGUUAAAGCCAUCAAGGAGGAAAUCAGAAAGGUUGUUGAACUCCAAGAAGAGCUUGAUAUUGAUGUCCUGGUUCAUGGUGAGCCAGAGGUUGCUUUGGCCAUCAAGGAUGAAGUGGAGGAUCUUGAGAAGGCAGGUAUCAAUAUCAUCCAAAUUGAUGAGGCUGCUUUGAGAGAAGGAUUGCCGCUUAGGAAGUCUGAGCAAGCCUUCUACUUGGACUGGGCUGUGCACUGCUUCAGAAUCACCAACUGUGGUGUCCAGGAUACUACCCAGAUCCACACCCACAUGUGCUGUUCCAACUUCAAUGACAUCAUCAACUCCAUCGUUAAUAUGGAUGCUGAUGUGAUUACCUUUGAGAACUCUCGUUCUGACGAGAAGCUCCUCAGAGUUUUCCGUGAGGGGGUCAAGUGCGGUGCAGGAAUUGGCCCGGGUGCCUACGAUAUCCACUCUCCAAGAAUCCCAUCAACUGAGGAGAUUGCUGACAGACUCAACAAGAUGCUUCCUGUUCUUGAGACCAACAUCUUGUGGGUUAAUCCUGACUGUGGACUCAAGACCCGCAAGUACGCUGAGGUGAAGCCAGCACUCAAGAACAUGGUCGCUGCCGCUAAGUCGCUCCGCACUCAACUUGCCAGUACCAAGUGAGAAGCUCAUUACACCUUAGCGUUUACUUCCUUGCCUAUCAUUUCUUAUUCAAAAUUCAACCCUUCAAAAUUCUGUGUAAAUUGCAAAUUGAAAUUAUAUUCUUAUAAUUAAUUAACGAAGCAUUA